UAUAUAUAUAUAACGUGUAAGCAAAAGGCAGAGAUUCCUUAAGACACCGCCAACUUCAGAGCUCCCCCAAUCCCACACCGCAACACAAAAAUCCCUCAAUUUUUAUCCAUUUAUUUAUUUAUUUAUUUUACUUUGCUUCCAAAAUUCAUCCUUCCAUUAUACAAUAUAUACUUGUAAUAAUAAAGCAACAACAAACAUAGUAUUUAAUGAGCUAAUCAAUUAAUUAGCCAUACAUUCUUCCUACGAUCAAACAACGUUAAAUUCAUCAAUGGCUGCUGCAGCUGCCAUUUUAGUACUAUUUUUUUCUGCUUUGCCAUUCUUCUUCUUCUCUGUGAAGUGUGAUCAUCAGUCAAUUAGCAGAGCUGAUUUUCCAGUUGGAUUCACUUUUGGAACUGCUUCUUCUGCUUACCAGUUUGAAGGAGCUGUUGGUGAAGGAAAUAAAGGAGAUAGCAUUUGGGACACCUUCAUUAAACGACCCGGAAGAAUAUUGGAUUUCAGCAAUGCAAACACCGCCGUCGAUCAAUAUCAUCGUUUCGAGAGUGAUAUAGAGUUGAUGAAAGAUUUGGGUAUGGAUGCUUACAGAUUCUCCAUAUCUUGGUCGAGAAUUCUUCCAAAUGGAACAGGGGAACCCAAUCCCCAAGGGAUACAAUACUACAACAAUCUCAUAGAUGCUUUACUUAUAAAAGGAAUCCAGCCGUUUGCAACUCUGUAUCACUGGGAUCUUCCGCAGAUUCUUGAAGACGAAUAUGGAGGAUUCUUGAACAACCAAAUAGUAAAGGAUUUCGAAAACUAUGCUUGUAUCUGUUUCAAAGCUUUUGGAGAUAGAGUGAAAAAUUGGAUAACUUUCAACGAGCCUCACGGUUUCGCAAUCCAAGGCUACGAUUUGGGGGUCCAGGCCCCCGGUAGAUGCUCUAUCCUCGGACAUUUGAUCUGCAAAACGGGAAUAUCUUCCGUCGAGCCUUACAUAGUAGCCCACAAUAUUCUACUGGCUCAUGCUGCUGCUUAUCGCACCUAUCAGACUCGUUUCAAGGAAAGGCAAGGGGGAAUAGUCGGGAUAACAUUGGAUGCUAAGUGGUACGAACCAAUAUCCGACAGUGACGAGGAUAUAGAUGCUGCAGCUAGAGCCUUGGAUUUCGGACUCGGAUGGUUCCUUGAUCCACUUCUACUUGGGGAAUAUCCUGUUUCGAUGCAGAAGUUAGUGGCUGAAAGAUUACCUAAAAUCACUAACGAGACUUCCCAGCUUCUGAAGGGAUCUUUGGAUUUCGUCGGCAUAAAUCAUUAUACUACGUUGUAUGCACGUAAUGAUAGAACUCGAAUUCGUAAGUUCGUUAUGCAGGAUGCCUCAUCCGACUCUGCUGUUAUUACCACCUCUUCAAAACACGGAAUCGCCAUUGGAGAACGAUCUGCAUCUCGUUGGCUGCAUAUAGUCCCAUGGGGUAUUCGGAAACUAGCUAACUACAUUAAAGACAAGUAUGGGAAUCCAGUAGUAAUCAUAACCGAAAACGGGAUGGAUGAUCCUAAUAGAUCUCAUGCGGAGUUAGAAAAGGCUUUGCGAGACGACAAGAGAAUAGAUUAUCACCGAGACUAUCUCUCAAACCUAUCUGCUGCUAUAAAGGAAGAUAAUUGCGAUAUUCGUGGCUAUUUCGUUUGGUCGUUACUCGACAACUGGGAAUGGAACAUGGGAUACACUGUUAGAUUCGGCCUCUAUUAUGUCGACUUCAAGAACAACCUCACCAGAAUACCAAAGUCAUCGGUCAACUGGUUCAAAAACAUGCUAACAUCCACAAAAGAGUCGAUUUUCGAAUGACAAUUAAAUGUUAUCCAAUUACUGUACAUCUGUAACAUAGAACGAUGUGCAUUAUGCAAUUCUUGAAAGCCAUAAUAAGCGCACUUUAUUUUUUUACCUACAAAAACUACACUUAUUAUUCAUCGUCACCAACAAAACGACACACAUAAUAAGAAA